UCGGGCAGUGACCUGGCCGGAUCGCGCAGGCCGCCCUGCCCGGGAGAAGUCGAAGUUGGGCUGCUGGGGUGGAGGCUUCCCGAGCCCAAGAGACAGACUUUGCCCCUUUUUCUUUGGUCUCCCCUCGCCUUCCGGGUGCGCCGCCGGGAUCGGACUUGGACAGCAAAGGACGAGGAAGAAUUGGGGUCGCCAGCGCCGCUUCUUCGGGUGCAGCAAGUCUAAGCCCGGGACUCAGCCACGUACACUGUCACCCGGGACAGAGCUGCGGGCGGGGUACCGGACCCCAGUAGGAUUAUAAAGCAGCGCGGAGGAGGAGACCCCAGAGGACACCCUCCGAACUGGACAUCAUGUGGACUCUGCUGGUCUGGACUCUGCUAGCUUUGCAUCGGAUUCGCGUGGCCCGAGCCCAAGAUGAUGUGUCCCCAUAUUUCAAGACGGAGCCUGUGCGGACACAGGUGCACCUGGAAGGGAACCGUCUGGUGCUCACGUGCAUGGCCGAGGGCAGCUGGCCGCUGGAAUUCAAGUGGCUCCACAACAACCGGGAGCUGACCAAGUUCUCCCUGGAGUACAGGUACAUGAUCACCAGCCUGGACCGCACCCACGCUGGCUUCUACCGCUGUGUUGUACGGAACCGGAUGGGAGCCCUGCUGCAGCGACAGACUGAGGUUCAGGUGGCCUACAUGGGGAGCUUCGAGGAAGGUGAGAAGCGCCAGAGUGUUUCCCACGGAGAAGCCGCCGUCGUCCGCGCCCCACGCAUUGCCAGCUUCCCCCGGCCGCAGGUGACCUGGUUCCGUGAUGGUCGCAAGAUCCCACCCAGCAGCCGCAUAGCCAUCACACUGGAGAACACCCUUGUCAUCCUGUCAACGGUGGCUCCUGACGCAGGCCGCUACUAUGUGCAGGCUGUUAAUGACAAGAACGGAGAUAACAAGACCAGCCAGCCCAUCACUCUCGCCGUGGAGAAUGUUGGGGGGCCCGCUGACCCCAUCGCACCAACGAUCAUCAUCCCCCCCAAGAACACCAGUGUGGUGGCCGGGACCUCGGAGGUGACCAUGGAGUGUGUGGCCAAUGCCAGGCCCCUGAUCAAGCUGCACAUCAUCUGGAAGAAAGAUGGGGUGCAGGUAUCCAGCGGCCUCAGCGACUACAACCGCCGCCUCACCAUACCCAACCCCACUGUCAGUGACGCCGGCUACUACGAGUGCGAGGCUGUGCUUCGGAGCAGCAGCGUGGCCCCUGUGGUCCGGGGUGCCCGCCUGUCCGUGCUAGAGCCCCCUCAGUUUGUCAAGGAGCCAGAGCGACACAUCACAGCCGAGAUGGAGAAGGUGGUGGACAUCCCCUGCCGUGCCAAAGGUGUGCCGCCGCCCUCCAUCACCUGGUACAAGGACGCAGCUGUGGUGGAAGUGGAGAAGUUGGCCCGCUUCCGGCAGCGGGGGGACGGCGGCCUGCAGAUCAGUGGGCUGCUGCCCGACGACACCGGCAUGUUCCAGUGCUUUGCUCGCAACGCGGCUGGCGAGGUGCAGACCUCCACCUACUUGGCUGUCACCAGUAUAGCCCCCAACAUCACCAGGGGGCCCCUGGACAGCACUGUGAUCGAUGGCAUGUCGGUGGUCCUGGCCUGUGAGACGUCGGGGGCACCCCGGCCAGCUAUCACUUGGCAGAAAGGGGAGCGUAUUCUGGCCAGCGGCUCUGUGCAACUGCCCCGCUUCACCCUCCUGGAGUCGGGCAGCCUUCUGGUCAGCCCCACCCACAUCUCCGACGCCGGCACCUACACCUGUUUGGCCACCAACUCUCGGGGUGUCGACGAGGCCUCGGCCGACCUGGUCGUGUGGGCCCGGACCCGUAUCACCAGGCCUCCCCAGGACCAGAGCGUCAUCAAGGGCACCCAGGCCUCCAUGGUGUGUGGAGUGAUGCACGACCCGCGGGUGACCAUUAGGUACGUGUGGGAGAAGGACGGAGCCACCCUGCCCGUGGAGGGCAACCCGCGCAUCCGCCUGGAUAAAAAUGGCUCCCUGCACAUCACACAGACCUGGUCGGGGGACAUCGGCACGUACACCUGCCGGGUGCUCUCGGCAGGGGGCAACGACUCCCGCAGUGCCCACCUGCGGGUCAGGCAACUGCCCCACGCUCCUGAGCACCCAGUGGCCAUGCUUAGCACGGUGGAGAGACGGGCCAUCAACUUGACGUGGGCUAAGCCCUUCGACGGGAACAGCCCCCUGAUCCGCUACAUCCUGGAGAUGUCAGAGAACAAUGCCCCCUGGACCAUACUCCUGGCCAGUGUGGACCCCGAAGCCACCUCAGUGAUGGUCCAGGGCUUGGUUCCAGCCCGCUCCUACCAGUUCCGUCUCUGUGCCGUCAACGAUGUAGGCAAAGGACAGUUCAGCAAGGACACUGAGAGGGUCUCCCUCCCUGAGGAGCCUCCCACGGCCCCUCCACAGAACGUCAUUGCCAGCGGCCGGACCAACCAGUCCAUCAUGAUCCAGUGGCAGCCGCCUCCUGAGAACCACCAGAACGGCAUCCUCAAGGGCUACGUCAUCAGGUACUGCCUGGCCGGUCUGCCUGUUGGGUACCAGUUUAAGAACAUCACGGAUGCCGACGUCAACAACCUGUUGCUAGAGGACCUCAUCAUCUGGACCAACUACGAGAUCGAAGUGGCUGCCUACAACAGUGCCGGGCUCGGUGUCUACAGCAGCAAGGUCACCGAGUGGACGCUGCAGGGAGUUCCCACAGUCCCCCCCGGCAACGUGCACGCGGAGGCCACCAACUCCACAGCCAUCCGCUUCACCUGGAGCGCCCCCAGCCCGCAGUUCAUCAAUGGCAUCAACCAGGGCUACAAGCUGAUUGCUUGGGAACCAGAGCAGGAAGAGGAGGUUACCAUGGUGACUGCCCGGCCCAACUUCCAAGACAGCAUCCACGUGGGCUUCGUGUCAGGCCUGAAGAAGUUCACGGAGUACUUCACCUCGGUGCUGUGCUUCACCACACCCGGGGACGGGCCCCGCAGCAGCCCCCAGCUGGUACGCACCCACGAGGAUGUGCCGGGGCCUGUGGGACACCUGAGUUUCAAUGACAUCCUGGACACUUCGCUGAAGGUCAGCUGGCAGGAGCCAGGAGAGAAGAAUGGCAUCCUCACAGGGUACCGGAUCUCCUGGGAGGAGUACAACCGAACCAACACCCGCGUGACGCACUACCUGCCCAAUGUGACCCUGGAGUACCGCGUCACUGGCCUCACGGCGCUCACCACCUACACCAUCGAGGUGGCCGCCAUGACUUCCAAGGGCCAGGGCCAGGUGUCAGCCUCCACCAUCUCCUCGGGAGUGCCUCCAGAGCUCCCAGGGCCCCCUACCAACCUGGGCAUUUCCAACAUCGGCCCCCGCUCCGUGACCUUACAGUUCAGGCCAGGCUACGACGGGAAGACCUCCAUCUCCCGCUGGCUGGUAGAGGCCCAGGUAGGCGUGAUUGGGGAAGGAGAGGAGUGGUUGCUGAUUCACCAGCUCAGCAGCCAGCCUGACGCCCGCUCCAUGGAAGUCCCAGACCUCAACCCCUUCACCUACUACAGCUUCCGCAUGCGUCAGGUGAACAUCGUGGGCACCAGUCCACCCAGCCAGCCUUCUAGGAAGAUCCAGACCCUCCAGGCCCCUCCCGACAUGGCCCCCGCCAACGUGACCCUGCGCACAGCUAGCGAGACCAGCCUGUGGCUCCGCUGGAUGCCUCUCCCGGAGAUGGAGUACAACGGCAAUCCUGAGUCCGUGGGCUACAAGAUCAAGUAUAGCCGGUCGGACGGCCAUGGCAAGACCCUGAGCCACAUGGUGCCGGACCGUGUAGAGAGGGAGUACACCAUCGAAGACCUGGAGGAGUGGACGGAGUACCGUGUGCAGGUCCAGGCCUUCAAUGCCAUUGGGAGUGGGCCCUGGAGCCCAGUGGUGCUCGGCAGGACCCGGGAGUCAGUCCCGUCUUCUGGCCCCACCAAUGUAUCAGCGCUGGCCACCACCUCCAGCAGCAUGCUUGUGCGUUGGAACGAAAUCCCCGAGGCUGAUCGCAAUGGGCUCGUGCUGGGCUAUAAGGUGAGGUACAAGGAGAAGGACUCGGACUCCCAGCCCCGCUUCUGGCUGGUGGAAGGCAACGCGUCUCGCAGCGCACAGCUCACCGGCCUGGGCAAGUACGUGCUGUACGAGGUGCAGGUGCUGGCCUUCACGCGCAUUGGCGACGGCAGCCCCAGCCACCCCCCAAUCCUGGAGCGCACGCUGGAUGACGUCCCAGGACCCCCCAUGGGCAUCCUGUUCCCGGAAGUGAGGACCACAUCAGUGCGGCUGAUCUGGCAGCCGCCCGCUGCCCCCAACGGAAUCAUCCUGGCCUACCAGAUCACGCACAGGCUCAACGCCACCACGGCCAGUACCGCCGCAGUGGAAGUGCUGGCACCGAGCGCCCGCCACUACACAGCUGCUGGCCUCAAGCCGGAGUCUGUCUACCUCUUCCGCAUCACGGCUCAGACCCGCAAAGGAUGGGGAGAGGCCGCCGAAGCCUUAGUAGUGACCACCGAGAAGAGAGACCGCCCUCAACCCCCCAGCAAGCCUGUGGUGCAGCAGGAAGACGUGAAGGCGCGGAGUGUACUGCUGUCCUGGGAGCCAGGCAGUGACGGGCUGUCCCCAGUGCGCUACUACACUGUGCAGACCCGCGAGCUGCCCAGCGGCCGCUGGGCACUGCACUCGGCCUCCGUGAGCCACAAUGCCUCCAGCUUCACCGUGGACAGGCUGAAGCCCUUCACAUCCUACAAGUUCCGAGUGAAGGCGACCAAUGACAUUGGAGACAGCGAGUUCAGCGAGGAGUCGGAGUCACUGACCACACUGCAGGCUGCCCCUGAUGAAGCGCCCACCAUCCUCUCAGUGACACCCCACACCACCACCUCCGUGCUGAUCCGAUGGCAGCCACCAGCCGAGGACAAGAUCAACGGCAUCCUCCUGGGCUUCCGCAUCAGGUACCGGGAGCUGAUCUAUGAAGAGCACAAGGGCUUUACUCUUCGAGGCAUCAACAACCCUGGGGCCAAGUGGGCAGAGCUUACCUCCCUGUAUGCCAUGCGGAACCUGAGCCGGCCCAGCCUCACGCAGUACGAGCUGGACAACCUCAGCAAGCACAAGCGGUAUGAGAUCCGGAUGAGUGUGUACAACGCGGUGGGUGAGGGCCCACUGAGCCCCCCACAGGAGGUCUUUGUGGGGGAGGCAGUGCCCACAGCAGCACCCCGCAAUGUAGCUGUCCAUAGCGCCACGGCCACACAGCUGGAUGUGACAUGGGAAGCGCCCCCUCGUGAGAGCCAGAAUGGAGACCUCCAGGGCUACAAGAUUUAUUUUUGGGAAGCCCAGCGGCAGAAUCUCACCGAGCGAGUGAAGACACUUUUCUUGGUGGAGAAUGGUGUGAAGCUCAAGAACCUGACGGGUUACACUGCCUACAUGGUCACUGUGGCGGCCUUCAAUGCUGCAGGGGACGGACCACGGAGCGCCCCUGUCCGGGGCCAGACUCAGCAAGCAGCCCCCAGCGCUCCCAGCUCAGUCAAGUUCAGCGAGCUGACCACAACCUCUGUGAACGUGUCCUGGGAAGCCCCUCGGUUCCCCAAUGGCAUCCUGGAGGGCUACCGGCUGGUAUACGAGCCCUGCACCCCAGUGGAUGGGGUCAGCAAGAUUGUCACAGUGGACGUGAAGGGGAAUAGCCCCCUGUGGCUCAAGGUGAAGGACCUGGCCGAGGGCAUGACCUAUAGGUUCCGCAUCAAAGCCAAGACCUUCACCUACGGACCAGAGAUCGAAGCCAAUGUCACCACAGGGCCCGGAGAAGGUGCCCCGGGACCACCGGGAGAGCCGAUCAUCGUGCGGUACAGCUCUGCUAUUGCUAUCCACUGGUCCAGCGGAGACCCUGGCAAGGGGCCCAUCACCCGCUACGUCAUAGAGGCCCGGCCUUCAGAUGAGGGACUCUGGGACAUCCUCAUCAAAGAUAUCCCUAAGGAAGUGAGCUCCUACACCUUCAGCAUGGACAUCCUGAAGCCAGGCGUAAGCUAUGACUUCCGGGUCAUCGCAGUCAAUGACUACGGCUUUGGCACCCCCAGCAGCCCCUCUCAGUCUGUGCCAGCCCAGAAAGCCAGCCCCUUCUAUGAGGAGUGGUGGUUCCUGGUGGUCAUUGCCCUCGUGGGUCUCAUCUUCAUCCUGCUUCUGGUCUUUGUGCUCAUCAUCCGGGGCCAGAGCAAGAAGUAUGCCAAGAAGACAGACUCCGGGAGCAGUGCCAAGGCUGGAGGCCUAGGUCACGGGGAAAUGAUGAGCUUGGACGAAAGCAGCUUCCCAGCUCUGGAGCUCAACAACCGGAGACUGUCCGUCAAGAACUCCUUCUGCCGAAAGAAUGGCCUGUACACCAGGUCUCCUCCACGGCCCAGCCCGGGAAGCCUCCACUACUCUGAUGAGGAUGUCACCAAGUAUAAUGACCUCAUCCCAGCCGAGAGCAGCAGUCUGACUGAGAAGCCCUCGGAAAUCUCAGACUCUCAGGGAAGUGACAGCGAGUAUGAGGUCGACCCGAAUCCCCAGAAGGCUCACUCCUUUGUCAACCACUACAUCAGUGACCCCACGUACUACAACUCCUGGCGGCGCCAGCAGAAAGGCAUCUCCAGGGCCCAGGCCUACAGCUACACGGAGAGUGACCCUGGAGAGCCUGACCACUCCAGCGUGGCCAACAGCAACAGUGCCCAGCCCGGGAGCCUCUUUCGGCCCAAGGCCAGCCGGACUCCAACGCCCCAAAACCCCCCGAACCCUCCAAGUCAGCAAAGCACCCUCUACCGUCCCCCCAGCAGCCUGGCCCCUGGCUCCCGGGCUCCAAUAGCAGGAUUUUCAUCAUUUGUUUGAUGUCAGAAGAGGACAGAAGAAUGAAGAAAACAACACCAAACUCCUCCUUCACCACUUCCUCACUGCCUGCCAGAAAACAAAAGCACCAAGAAACUAAGUCAACUUUUCACCUCCUGAGUUUAUAUUUCCAAGAUUCCAGGGCCGGUAAAGCUGGCAGUAAGAAGGAGGAAGAAAAAAAGUACCACGAGAGGAUGGGUGUGGUCAGCAAGGGGUCGGUGGGCUUUGAGACUGUGGGCUCCACAGAGGUGGCAGAGGACUCAGUGGGUUGGGCCUUGGAGAGAAGGAGGAAGAGAAGGCACAGGUCUGGAGUGCUAGCUGCAGGGGUGGCCGAGGGGUGGAGCUUUCUGGACCUCUAGCCCACUGGCAGCUCCCCACGUGUGCUACAUCACAGGCUGGCUACUGGCCAACCCCUUGGGAAAAGGGGUGUCCCCAGAGGCCAAGGGUGCCAUCUCUCUUGCCCUUUCUCCUGGCAUGUGUGUCCCGCCACCUUGCCCAACUCCUUUCCCUGCCCUACCAUAUCCACUGCUCACCUCCCUUGUUCAACUUCUCCAAGCGACUGGUUUAUUUAGAAAAGGGAAAAACAGUACAGGGUGAGAAGCUGCUUAGCAACUUCCUUGUCCCUGCAUAUUUUUAACAUUGCAACUCCAUGGAAUGGGGCCGGAGGGCUGCAGACUCCUCCCAAGUCCACGCAACCGAGCCCUGCCGGUCUUUGCGUGAGUUCCGUUCUGGAGCACAGAGGAGCGGUGAGUUCUGGGUAGCGCAUGCGUAGGCUGGCUGCCUGGCUCCACCCUGGGGACGCCCAGGGUUGAUGCCUUGCAGGAAGUCGGGAAUGGAAGGAUGGAGCUUUGAUUCUUUUUUCUUCCACUUUCUACCCCGUGCCCUACAUUUAAAGGAGGGAAAUGAGGCUGCUAGGAGGAGGAUAUUCAGCUGCGCUUCAAGAGCUCGGCAGCAAGGGUCACCGUCGGGCACACACCCCUCUCCCCUGGAUAGGCCCCUUCUAGCACUCUCGUGCCUGUGAGGAUCCACUUCAAGAUGAUGGACCUAGGAAUCCUCUCCAGGAGAAUUCCCACCUACCGGACCGCACGUCACUUCUGGGCUGCGGUCCCUCUGCCGCUUCACCCAGGGCCUCCGGAGCACAGCACAGGAGCCCAGGGAAGUGUUCUAGUUCCCGGUCCAAAAGCCAGAGCAGCCGCAGCAUGCCCAAUCUGCUCAGAACCGGGUUUACUGUGUCAAAGGACACCCCAACCCCCAGUGGCAUCUUCUGAGCUGGGCUGGGCUGGGCCAGAGCUGGGAGUGAGGAGGGGCUGUUCAGUAGUAGCCCAGAGCAAGCAGCAGCCUCUGAGAUGUGUGGUCAGCCAGGCAGGAGGGGUGGGUCGAAUGGGACCUGGGGACAGGAAAAGCUCAGCAGAAGCGAAGCUUGUAUGUGUACACAGUCUGCUCCAGGGAAUGUGCUUUUAAAAGCUGCUUCUGGUGGCCUGAUCUUCCCAUCAGCUUGAGACUUCCCAUGCAAGGGUUAGGGAGGAGCCUUUCGGUCAGAUUCUCUGGGCUUUCUGAGGCCCCUGGGGAUUCCAGCCAGCCCUGUGAAACUGGCCCGAGGCCCAUGCACUGCUGGGGAUGGACGAUGGUUGCCUCUCUUAGCUGGUAUCUGUCUGAUUCAGCAUAGGGAAUCCUGUGUCUGAUUCAGACAGAGAUCUGUCUGAUUCGGCCCCUAGUUUGCCCUGGAGGAUGUCAGGCCUGUUUAGAAGGAUGAGAAGUCAGGAAAGGCCCAGGUGGGGAGAGGGUGGACAGACCAAGGGAGGAGAAGGCCUGUUCCCUACCUGCGAGCCCCAAAUUAGUUACUGUGCUAAUGGUGGCCGGGAAGGGAAGUCCCAGGGCAGGGUCCAGCUCACCCAGGUGCGUGGGCUCCGCAGUGCACCUGCCCCCUGGGAAAUGUGAAUGGGAAGAGUUGCCCCUGCUGCUGGAUGCGCACCCCGACUGCUCCCUAAAGCAGGACCAGGGGCCGCAGCUUCACACUCUGGAGAGCCAGGUGCUCAGGAUCUCUGCGGACCUGGCCUCGCCUGCCUGCCGUGGGCACCCCACUCCCACUCCCC